GCCAUCAGCGGCUCAAGUGGUCCCAGGAGUCGGCGGCACGAGGAGGUGUCGACACACUCACACUUCACGCACCUGCGCUCCCCUGCUGUCGCAGCCCACGGAUUGUUGCGCCCCGCCACCUACGGAUUUUUUGGCACACAGGGGUGUGGAAGGACGAGCGCUCGCUCCGCGCUGCAUGGGCUGCUGCACAUGCAGUGCGCUGGUCUUCGCAAGGGUUGACAGAGAUGGAGGUGGAUCACGAGAAGCAGGAGGCCUACCUGGAUAAGGGGGUGCCUUUUCGGCAGUCUACACUCUGGGCCGACUCCGAUGAGCCAGCUGCGGCGGAUGAUGCAGAAGAGUCUGUGCUGCCAGAAGGAGGGAUAGCCUCUGAGGACUUCAAGGAAACGGAGCUGGACGAAACAGGCCGCGUGCUCGAGCUUGGUGGUGGCCUGAAGCCACCGUCUUUGGCGAUGGUUCAAAGCCUCUGCACAGGCUGCAGUUGCGUCGUGGCGCUUCACGCAGAUCAAGCUGCUGAGGGUGCUGUGCGCUUUGCCGUCGAGCAUGGCCUUGCCUUUGCAGUUGUGCCCUGCUGUGUGUACGCAGAAGACUUUCCGAAGCGACGCCUGCCCGACGGGCGGCCAGUCACAUCCCUCGAUGCGCUGAUCGAGUAUUUGACCUGGCUGGGUGGCGAUGAUGCCAAGGUGGAAACCUUGCAGUUCAGCGGGAAAAACGUCGUCGUCUUUUCGAAGCCGAAGUGCGCGGCUCGAGUCGACAAAGCAGCCAGGGACGCUCACUUGUGCGACUUGAUGCGUCGUGCUACGGUCGGUGCCACUUUCACGGCGCAGUACCUGCUUAGGCCGCCCAAGAAAAAAUCGGUGAACCCUCGCGUCUACAUCUCGCGGAUGCAGCUGCUGACAAGUAUGGUCACCGAGGCAGGCAUCCAGCCAGAGAGCAAGGAAGGCUUGCCCCUGGACCCCACGGUGCAGCUGGCCAUGGACUGGUUUAACAACGCCAAUGCUGACGUCAGGGAGAGCGCAGUGAAGCUGGUUGCCGCUUGCUAUGCCCAUGCUGGCUUGCGUCGCAUUGAACAGUACCUGGCAAACCUGCGGCAGGCACAGCGAGAAAUCUUCGACGAAGAGUUCGACCGUGUGGAUGCAGGUGACGGACUCGGAGCCGGUGGCGAUGAUGGCUUGCAGCAAGAGACCGCAAGGCUCUGCCGACGCGUUGUGGGAGCUGCACUCUACAAGCACGCACGAUCGGCCAGUUUGAUGAUGUGCUUAGUACAUGUGCUUGUGGACAUUGGCAUGGACGUCGAAGCAUUGCUGUCGGAACUGUGCCUGGCAGCUCGGCUCGAGAUGUGA